AUGACUGAGGUAGCACUUGCUGGUGAGGGAGGCAACGACUUUGUGAGCAAAUAUGCUGGAAACUACCAACAGUACAUGAACAAGUAUGCAGCCGACUACUCCAAGUACAUGGGUGGUUCCCAGGGCGGUUCCCAGGCUGGCGACUACCAGAAGUACAUGCAGCAGUACGCCGGCGACUACCAGAAGUACAUGGGCGGUUCCCAGGGUGGUUCCAAGGGUGGUACCCAGGCUGGCAACUACCAGAAGUACAUGCAGCAGUAUGCUGGCGACUACCAGAAGUACAUGGGUGGUUCCCAGGGUGGUUCCAAGGGUGGUUCCCAGGCUGGCAACUACCAGCAGUACAUGGACGAGUAUGCAGCUGACUACUCCAAGUACAUGGGUGGUUCCCAGGGUGGUUCCAAGGGUGGUUCCCAGGCUGGCGACUACCAGAAGUACGCGCAGUUGAAUGCUGAUGCCGAACAGACGGCGAACAAGGCGGACGCGCCGGAGAAGUCUGACACUAAUUCCCAGGGUGGCAACUAUCAGCAGUACAUGGACAAGUAUGCGGCCGACUACUCCAAGUACAUGGGUGGUUCUCAGGGUGGUUCCCAGGCUGGCAACUAUCAGCAGUACAUGGACAAGUAUGCAGCUGACUACUCCAAGUACAUGGGUGGUUCCCAGGGUGGUUCCCAGGCUGGCGACUUCCAGAAUUACGUGCAGUUGAAUGCUGAUGCCGAGCACAAGUCGGCCAAGAAGUCUGACACAAAUUCCCAGACUGGCAACUAUCAGCAGUACAUGGACAAGUAUGCGGCCGACUACUCCAAGUACAUGGGUGGUUCUCAGGGUGGUUCGCAGGGUGGUUCCCAGGCUGGCGACUACCAGAAGUACAUGCAGCAGUACGCCGGCGACUACCAGAAGUACAUGGGUGGUUCCCAGGGUGGUUCCAAGGGUGGUUCCCAGGCUGGCAACUACCAGAAGUACAUGCAGCAGUACGCCGGCGACUAUCAGAAGUACAUGGGUGGUUCCCAGGGUGGUUCCAAGGGUGGUUCCCAGGCUGGCGACUACCAGAAGUACGUGCAGUUUAAUGCUGAUGCCGAACACAAGUCGGACAAGGCGGACACGCCCGAGAAAGACACGAAUUCCCAGUCUGGCAACUAUCAGCAGUACAUGGACAAGUAUGCGGCCGACUACUCCAAGUACAUGGGUGGUUCCCAGGGUGGUUCCCAGGGUGGUUCCCAGGCUGGCAACUACCAGAAGUACAUGCAGCAGUACGCCGGCGAUUACCAGAAGUACAUGGGCGGUUCCCAGGGUGGUUCCAAGGGUGGUUCCCAGGCUGGCAAUUACCAGAAGUACAUGCAGCAGUACGCUGGCGACUACCAGAAGUACAUGGGUGGUUCCCAGGGUGGCUCCCAGGCUGGCAACUAUCAGAAGUUUAUGGACAAAUAUGCGGGUGACUAUCAGAAGUACACCAAGCAGUUCUCGGGGGACUAUCAGAAGUUCAUGCAAAAUCGUGGAGGGGACUAUGAGAAGUACAUGAAGAGCCAAGGCGGAGACCAGAAGUACAUGGCUGGGUCGCAGGCAGAUGGCGGAGCCGCGUCGAUGGUGGAAGUGUUGGCACCGGCAGAAGCCGAGCCGGCCAAGCAGAAGCUCUUCCAGGAUUACCAGCACUACAUGAAGGACAAGGGUGUGGACGCCUCGAAAGACUUCGAACACUUCAUGACGGGCCAGGCGGAGCAGUUCAAGCAUUACGUGCACGCGCGGGGGGCAGAUGCCGCUGGAGACUUCCAGAAGUACUUCGAGGACUACAAGCAGUACAUCAAGGGUGAGGGCAAGGAUGCCGCCGAUGGCAUGCAGGGCUUCGUGGACAAGUACGCCAAGGACUACGCGCAUUACCUCAAGGAGCGCGGCGGCGCGAGCCGCCAGUCGCCGGCCGUGGUGCUAUUGGCCCCAGCUCAGUCCAAUGCCUCCGCCACAGAGAAGGAGCUGGCGAGGGAGAAAGCACGCCGGCAGGAGGAGAAGGAGCAGCUGCGAAAGGAGCUGGAGAUGGAGCACGCACGCCUGCAGCGGGAGCUUCAGCGGGAGCAGGAGCAGCGGCAGAAGGAGAAGGAGGCCUUGAAGGAGGAGCUGGCGCGUGAGGCAAAGGCGGCAGCAGAGGAGUCCAAGGCGAAGGAGAAAGAGGCGGAGCCGAAGGCGGAGCCGAAGGCGAAGCAGCCGGCGAUUGUGCUGCUGGCGUUGAACGCCAGCCGCCCCACGCAGCUCAGCGCGGUGUUCCUCGCCGCGUUUGCCGCGGUGGGGGCCGUGAUGCUCUUCCUGCGCCGCGCGCGACAGAUCAAGCGCCACGAGGACUACAUGCUGCAUUUGGAGGCCCCGCUGUCGGCGGUGUGA